UUGAGGACUGGAUUGAGCACACAGUGCUGUGGGACAGCUCGCAAUCACGCGCCUGAGCUCGAGCGCUCACAUAUAACUUACUCGAUUCCAUUCGCGCAUUGGCACAUCUAAUGCGCACCUUUCUUUACGCGUCCACCAUGGUCGUAGAUGUCUGAAUUAAGGAUUAUUAUUUUAGUAAGCGAGAUCGCGAGUAUAUAGGACAUUGUGCAUUUGGCAGUUUGAAAUUGUAUUGUUUGUUUUUGUGAAUCCGUCAUCUGCGCUCCGGACACUUUUUACGUCAUUGAAAACUGCACUGCAAGUUUUCAGUUGGAAUCUGAUUUUCGGACGCACAAUUUGGGAGAUUUCUGUCUGCGUGACUCUGCCGGACGGUGGUCCUUGUGUAUGGAUGUAGUGGGUGUCGGAGUGUCGGACUGAGGGGUCGAUACGGACCGAUCCGGGGGUUCCAGACGCGCGUCCCCGUGAUAACCUACAGCAUCAUCACCGUCCAGCCGAGCGCCUCCAGCAGCAGGCGAGAUGAUUCUUCUGGGGCUUCUUCUAAAUCUGUUUUUCAUUGAGGGUUCUGUUCCCUCGGUGGUGCCGGUGUUCCCCGGAUCUUUGGACUGCAUAGCGGCUGUAGACAAAUGUAUGCUGCACCCGGAGUGUAAGAGGCAGUUUCGUCAUUUGGAAUACUGUGUGGAUGAGGAGGCAGUGGCACCGUUGAGCCUGGAGUCACGGCAGGCCUGCAUGGAUGCCCAGAACGGCCUCAUGCACUUUCAACACCUGCAAGAAUGCAAGUGCCAGCGAGGGUCACGCAUGGAACAGCACUGCCUGAGUAUUUACUGGACCAUACGCUUUCCACAGGGUUUUGACGACAUUGAGACUUCCCCAUAUGAAGACAUUGAACUGGAACUGGUGAGAAACACUGAAACGUCAAAACUGGCUUCAAUAGUUUCAGUUUCCUCUCUUCCUCUGACCGAUCAGAACCAAUGUCUCAAAGCAGCUCAGGACUGUGGCUUGUUUGAGAAGUGUGGUUCCCUGCGCUCCGAAUAUGCGUUAGCUUGCACCAAGAUCCUACCGGGAACAAACCACUGUAACCGGCACAAAUGCCACCGGGCUCUCCGGCGCUUCCUGGAGCGCGUUCCCGAGGAAUACAGCUUCGGGGUUUUAUUCUGCCCGUGCUCGGACACACUGUGCGGGGAGAGAAGAAGGAAGACCAUCGUCCCGUCCUGCUCCUACGAGGAGCGAGACGGACAACCAAACUGCCUCCAUUUGGAAAGUUAUUGCCUUAAAGACAACCUGUGCAGGUCGAGAUUGGCCGAUUUCCAGCAGAACUGUCAACCGUCGUCUCUUUCGCCCUCCGGCUGUCUCCGGGAGAGUGGAGCCGUGUGUCUCAAGGCCUACGCUGGACUUAUCGGCACCAUCAUGACUCCAAACUAUGUGAGUAACAGCAGUACAGAGGUGUCGCAGUGGUGUAAUUGUGAAGGCAGCGGGAACCAGUGGGAGGACUGUCUGCGUAUCUUACAUAUGUUUAACAGCAACAUCUGCCUGCGUAAUGCAAUUGACACCAUGGGAAGCUCCACCCCCCGUCCAGCAGAGGGCACGCCCCUUCCUCCACCCCGUCCCUCCCCGCAGGUCCAGCGCGAUGAGCUGAACAUCAAUCUGCUGCCUGAACCGGAUAUAGUGGUGGAAAGUGAAGAAGAAGAAGAAGAGGAAGAAGAAGAAGAGGAAGAUGAAAACGAAACGGCAGCAGGAGGGUUCAACGUCAUCCCUCACUUCUCAGACGAGGUGACAGUCAUUAAUCUGGGCUCGGAGGCGGACCGGGUCCACGGUCGAGCCGCCUCCCUCUCCAAACCUCACUUCAUGUUCACGGUUCUGCUGCUGAUCGCCCUCAGCUGGGGCUAGAAACUCUCGCUCAUACAACUUCAUACAAACACAUACACACACAUGCACACAAACACACACUUUCACACCAGACUCUAAGACCUGUUAUCGAGAGACGAGUGGAACGUCACACUAGAGCGCUGGAGAGAGCGAAACGAGGGGAAAACUCUUCUGUCCUUCUUUCUGUCUUUCAUUCAUUAUUUUUCUCCUUGAGAAGAGACUCUGCUAUAGAUGUAGCUGCUUGUUCAUUAGGGAAUCACUUUUUGAAUCGGAUUCCCCGCCUGAUUCAUUCGAAUCGCAGAGACUCAUCGGACUGACUGGUGUCGAGUACAGUAGGCGACGGUGACCGAGCGAUGUAUCUACUGUAUAAUGCUUCAGACAUGGACAUAAAAGUGAGACAACAUUGCUGUUCGAGUCUUGGCUGUCCCUAUAAUGUGCGUGUGCAACAUUGCAUUACCUGCAUUGAGAAAAUUGCUGUUUAUUGUUGCUGAACUUGUAUGAAUUGAGACAAAAUGUGUGUAUGUAUGUAUGUGUACGUGCAAAUUUGAUUCGAGGAAAAAAUGUGGCGAGCACGACUCCUAAAUCAUUUUCACACCCAUGUGUCUCUCAAGUCAGGUCACACACCUAAUCACACGCGAACAGCCGGAUCGAGCAGAUGCAAUCGCUCUUCAUUUAUUGCUCUGCAAUGUGCAUUCAUUUUUUGGACUCAGCACAGACUACGCACUCUAACCAGGGGCAUAAAUAAAAAAACACGGCCUUCGACAGAGAAAACAUGAGUAAUAAAGGCGAAAUAAGGAUAUAAACAAACUAAAUAAAUAAAUAUAUCUCGGCACAGCAGGUGUCGGAGUCCGGUCUAGUUUUAGUACUCGAGGGGAUGAACAGGAAGUCAUUUUCCAGCCGCCUGUCGCCCGCUACCUCUCUCCGACUCUCUUGUUUUACUUUCACAGAGAUAAUGGCUUACAACACAAACUGUUUAUCUUGUUGUGCGUUUGUGGCGAAGAAUUACUUGCGAUGGGGAAGAAAUAGAAAAAGAGAUCAAGGAAGAGAAACACGGAGCGUCAAACCCUCCAGCAAAAAAAUCAUACAGUCUGGUAUCGCUUGCUUUCUCUGUUUAUUAUAAAUCUAUUGCUGACACUGAGGCUUUUUCAUUUCCGUUUCUUUUGAUCUUCUCUAUCUUUCUUUAUUUGUUUUCAUGUACUGUAUGUCCAAAGAAGUGAGUUUUCUUAAAGGGAUAGUUCAGCCAAAAUCUAAUGGUUGUAAUUUACCCCAAUAAGUCCUUCCAGAAACAUGCAGUGUUUUUUUGUGAUUGUUGCGGGGAAAAUCUUUGACAUUUAAUAAAAAAUGCGAUUGAAUAUGUGGGAUAUGUAUGCAAUUUUAUGCGAUGAAAUUGCGGGAACUUCCAAAAAUUGCGGGAACUUGCAAAAAACGGGGUAACUUGCAAAAACUGCGCUAACUUGCAAAAAUUGUGGGAACUUGCAAAAACUGCGGGAACUUGUAAAAAUUGCGGGAACUUGCAAAAAUUGUGGGAACUUGCAAAAAUUGCGGGAACUUGCAAAAACUGCGCUAACUUGCAAAAAUUGUGGGAACUUGCAAAAAUUGUGGGAACUUGCAAAAACUGCGGGAACUUCCAAAAAUUGUGGGAACUUGCAAAAACUGGGGUAACUUGUAAAAACUGCGCUAACUUGCAAAAAAUGCGGCAACUUGCAAAAAUUGCGGGAACUUGCAAACAUUGCGGCAACUUGCAAAAAUUGCGGGAACUUGCAAACAUUGCGGGAACUUGCAAAAACUGCGGGAACUUGCAAAAACCGGGGUUACUUGCAAAAACUGCGGUAACUUGCAAAAAUUGUGGGAACUUGCAAAAAUUGUGGGAACUUGCAAAAACUGUGGGAACUUGCAAAAACUGCGGGAACUUGCAAAAAUUGUGGGAACUUGCAAAAAUUGUGGGAACUUGCAAAAACUGCGGGAACUUGCAAAAAUUGCGGGAACUUGCAAAAAUUGCGGGAACUUGCAAAACUGGGGUAACUUGUAAAAACUGCGCUAACUUGCAAAAAAUGCGGCAACUUGCAAAAAUUGCGGGAACUUGCAAACAUUGCAGGAACUUGCAAAAACUGUGGGAACUUGCAAAAACCGGGGUUACUUGCAAAAACUGCGCUAACUUGCAAAAAUUGUGGGAACUUGCAAAAAUUGUGGGAACUUGGAAAAACUGUGGGAACUUGCAAAAACUGUGGGAACUUGCAAAAAUUGUGGGAACUUGCAAAAACUGCGGGAACUUCCAAAAAUUGCGGGAACUUCCAAAAAUUGCGGGAACUUGCAAAAACUGGGGUAACUUGUAAAAACUGCGCUAACUUGCAAAAAUUGCAGGAACUUGCAAAAAUUGCGGGAACUUGCAAAAAUUGCGGGAACUUGCAAAAAUUGCGUGAACUUGCAAAAACUGCGUG